AUGCUACCCGAAGUAAGCAUGAGGGCUGGGAUACUACCAGGUUGCCCAAGCCUAGAGAGGGGGAGUCGAGAGGCAGAGGUCGGGUUCGAACCACGGACCUUCCGGUCAUGCCUAGGCACCAUGCUACCCGAAGGAAGCACGAGGGUUGGGAUACUGCCAGGUUGCCCAAGCCUAGGCAGGGGAAGUCGGGAGGCAGAAAUUGGGUUCGAACCACAGGGCCCUCCGCGCGAACUUGCUGACCGGAAGGUCCGUGGUUCGAACCCAACCCUGGCAAUUCGGCUGCUCCUGCCUAGGCUUAGGCAACCCGAUAUAAUGGAGAAAAAUAAGGUUGCCCUCUGGGUAAAAAAAGAUAAAGAUAAAGCGUUCAGCUGUAGCACCCUUCCGGUGCCUAGCUGCCAUGCCACCCGAAGGAAGUACGACGGCUGGGAUACUGCCAGGUUGCCCAAGCCUAGACAGGGGAAGUCGAGUGGCGGAGGUCGGAUUCGAACCGCGGACCUUCAGGUUAGUAAUCCGCGCUCUAACCACUUCGGCCAUCUCGCCAUCUGGGUAAUGAAGCAAACUCUAUGGAACUACCGACCUUCGAUGUCAACUGGGAACGAAAUAGACUUUCUAGGUGAUGUGCUGAGUUGCCACGCCACCCGAAGGAAGCAGGAGGGCGGUGAUACUUCAGGGCUGCCCGAACCCGGCAGUAGAAGUCGAAAUGCCACGGUUUGGUUCCAACCACGAACCUUCUCGUCAGUGAAUUUGUACAUUAUCCACUGGGUUACCACGAGAUUUAUUUUUCCAUGGACGUGUGAGCAUGCCUUGGAGUUGAGUCCGUCAUCAGAGGUGGGAUGUUCUGUACAGUUGAAAGCGUGUUCAGCCGCCCGUUACCGUUCAACCAUAACACCCUUCCGGUGCCUAGCUGCCAUGCCACCCGGAGGAAGCACGAGGGCUGGGACACUGCUAGAUUGCCCAAGCCUAGACAGGGGAAGUCGAGUGGCAGAGGUCGGGUUCGGGACUUUCCGUACUCCAGCGCUUGGAGUAAAAUGCACAGAAAAACGGCUUUCCAUUAUCAACAGGAUAAGAAAACAAAUUUCGACCGUCGUUGGGCACCUUUGGUCAUAUGAUCCGAAUUUCUCGCAUAAUGUGACAAUCUUCUGCAGACCCUACCUUGAAAGCUGUGUUGAAGCACACAGGACUGCUGACGGAAGACCUGUUGUUCGGGUGGUCCUGCAGGUCAUAGCAUUUAUUGUCUUGACUGGCGUACCUGCGAGAACGUCGUCAAAGAGAAUGUGCCAAUCCUUUAGAUAUAAUGUGCUGAUGCUGACUACCCUCAGGCGGGUUAGCGUACAGCGCUGUGAACCAGAUAGAGUGCAUGGGCGAGAAAUAUUAGGAGACAUGAUUAGGAGAGAAAACUUCAUCCGUUCCGACACAAAAAAGAUCACCAAAAGACUAAGGAUAGAACAGAGAUCGAUAGUUCUGUAG